AUCGGCGACUUCGAGGCGGCGAUCCAGGGCGAGGCGUCGCGAUCGCCGGUCCCCGGCGGCGGCGUCCACCCGAUGACGGGCUACGUGAUGAACUACCUCGUCCUCCUCUCCGACUACAACGCCGCCCUCGCCGACAUCUACGCCGACCUCCCCCUCCAAAUCCCCACCCCUCUCCCCGACUCCAUCUUCGACUCCUCCUCCAUUUCCUCUCCCUCGUCCUCCUCCAAUUCCGAGGAUAGUACCUUAUCCGCGCGAAUGGCGUGGCUCAUCCUCGUCCUCCUAUGCAAGCUCGAUAAGAAGGCCGAGUGCCACCGCGAGGUUUCGCUAUCCUACUUAUUCCUCGCGAAUAACGUCAAGUACAUCGCCAAUAAGGUGAAGGAGACCCCUUUGGGGGACAUGCUGGGGGAGGAGUGGGUGGCACGCCACUCGGCGAAGGCGCGGCGCUACGCUGAGAGCUAUGAGCGCGCCGGGUGGGGUCCGGUGGCUGCAGCGAUCCCCGCGGCGACGGUGACCGCUGCGGAGGCGGCGGAGCGGAUGCGGCAGUUCAACGCCGCGGCGGAGGCAGCCCUCCGCGCGCAGGAGAGUGCGGUGGUGGCCAACGAGGCAAUGCGGGCGGCGAUCCGGGCCAAUGUCGCGGGCAUGGUGGUCCCGGCCUACCGCGCGUUCUACCAGCGCUGCCGGGAGGUGAUGGGCCCGCGGAGGCCGCGGCGGUGGUGCAGUUCACCCCCGAGGAUGUAAGGGACUGGCUUGCCAAGCUGUUUUCAGGUCAGUUCGGGUCGGGAUCGGGGUCGGUUUGGGUUUGAGUCACGGUUCCGGGUCCGGGUCAGUUAAGAUAUUGGUAGAAACUAAGGGGUCCUAUGAUCAAUGGUAUGGAAUGUGUAAAGAGAUAUAAGUGAAGAAAAUGUUAGACUUUUGUUUGAUGUUAUUAGUGAAACUAGUAUCAUGUUUCUACAAA